AUUUUUGAGCGAAACGAAGAACGUGCUGACAGCAAAGAAUUCGAAACCGGGAGUUGAAGGAAAUUUAAAAACGAAAAUUCUUGACAAUUUUCAUCGAAAAGUGUUUGUUUUUUGUAUUUGACAUCGAAAUUUGGUGACCUCAAAUAAUUGGAAGCCGAAAUGAAAUUCGGUGUGUGGGCUUUAUCAUCAGCCCUUUUGGUGCUCUCCUGGAGCUACCAUGCCGAGGCCGCCUGUGGUUAUAAGGCAUGCCCCGCCUCAAAGGCCAACAUGAUAAAUGUCCAUUUGGUGCCACAUUCCCAUGACGAUACGGGCUGGUUGAAGACCGUCGAUCAGUACUACUAUGGCAGUCGUAAUGGCAUCCAACAUGCUGGGGUUCAAUACAUUCUGGAUAGUGUCAUAACCGAGCUGUUGAAAGAUAAGAGCAGGCGAUUCAUUCAAGUUGAAUCGGCCUUCUUCUUUAAGUGGUACAAUGAGCAAACAGCGGCGGUAAAAAAGAAUGUCAAGACCUUGGUCGAGGAGGGACGUCUGGAGUUUACCGGUGGUGCCUGGAGUAUGAACGAUGAGGCCGCAGUCCACUAUCAAAGUGUUAUCGAUCAGUUUACAUUGGGCCUCAAAUCCCUGGCCGAUACUUUUGGCAGCUGUGCCCGUCCCCGUAUUGGCUGGCAAAUCGAUCCCUUCGGCCAUUCCCGUGAAAUGGCCUCGCUUUUUGCUCAAAUGGGCUACGAUGGCAAUUUCUUUGCCCGCAUGGAUUACAUGGAGAAAAAUGCUCGCCUCAACAAUAUGACCGGUGAAAUGAUAUGGAAGGCAUCGGAAAAUUUGGAUGAGAGAUCGGAAAUUUUCACCGGAGUGCUGUAUAAUCAUUAUUCGGCCCCUCCCGGUUUUUGUUUUGAUAACCUGUGUUCCGAUGAUCCCAUUAUUGAUGGUGACAGUUACGAGAAUAAUGUUAAGGCGAAGGUUGAUGAUUUCCUGACCUAUAUCAACAAAAUGGGAACAUAUUAUCGUGCCACCGAUUUGCUGGUGCCCAUGGGUGAUGAUUUCAAUUAUGAAAAUGCUUAUGUGAAUUAUAAAAACAUGGAUAAAUUGAUCAAAUACGUCAAUCAACGCCAACUGCAAGGUGGCAAAGUGAAUGUCUUCUACUCAACCCCUGCCUGCUAUCUGAACGCCCUCCACAACGACAACAAGACAUGGCCUACCAAGACCCAAGAUUUCUUCCCCUAUUCCACGGAUUGGCAUACCUAUUGGACGGGCUACUACAGCUCCCGCCCCACCCAAAAACGUUUCGAACGUGAUGGCAAUCAUUUCCUACAGGUGGCCAAACAAUUGACCACAAUGGCGAACUUGACGACCACGGCGGCUUUUGCCAAUCUCGAUACCCUACGUCAGGCCAUGGGCAUCAUGCAACAUCAUGAUGCUGUAACUGGUACUGAGAAGCAACAUGUGGCCCAGGACUAUGAUCGUAUGCUGACCAAGGCCAUUAAUGUUGCCGAGACCAAUACCCGUGAUGCCUUGCGCAAACUUACCAAUCUAACCAAUGGUGAAUUUGUCAGUUGCCUCCAAUUGAAUUUGAGCAUCUGUGAGGUUAGCCAAUGGAGUCCCAAUAAUUUGGUCGUAACCGUGGUCAAUCCCUUGGCUCAUCCCUCGACACAAUAUGUCCGAAUUCCUGUGAAGAAUGGUACCUACAUUGUCACCGAUGCAACGGGACGUCAAGUUAAAUCGGAUGUUGUACCAGUGCCUAAAGAACUGAUUGACCUGACCCAUUUGAGACCUAAUGCCUCUCAACAUGAAUUGGUAUUUUCUGCAUAUGCGGAUAAGAUUGCCAAUUAUUAUAUCAAGGUUCAGCCGCAACCACGCGAAUUUGAUGAAGAAAUCCAAAGGAAUGAAAUUAAAUUGCCCAAGAGAUUCUUGAGACAGCAUUUGACGAAGUUGGAGGUGGCGCCGGCCAGUGAGACAAUUGAACCCAUGGCUGUGGGAGAUGUUGUGGUACAGAAUUCGCAAAUCAAGUUGACCUUCAAUAGCAAUGGUAUUUUGUACAACGUCCAAAUGAACGGCAUUUCCGAAGAUAUCACCCAGCAAUUCUUCUACUACAAGGGUGCCUAUGGCAACAAUGCCGAGUUCAAGAAUCGCUCAUCGGGGGCCUAUAUUUUCCGUCCCAAUGGCACUGAGAUUUUGAUUGGCACCAAAGCUAAUCUGACCAUUGUCAAUGGCAGCCUGGUCAAGGAGGUGCAUCAACGUUUCACCGAUUGGGUGUCGCAGGUUAUACGCAUAUACGAGGGCAUUAAUCGUGUCGAAUUUGAAUGGCUUGUGGGACCCAUACCCAUUCAGGAUAAUAUCGGCAAGGAAGUCAUCACUCGUUUUACAUCGAACCUAAAGAAUUCAGGAGUAUUCUACACCGAUUCGAAUGGCCGUGAAAUGUUGCGACGCGUACGCAAUCAACGGGAGUAUUUCAAACCCAAUAUGACGGAAAGUGUUUCAGGAAAUUAUUAUCCCAUUACCUCGCGCAUUGCCUUGGAGUCGAGCACCAGACGUAUGGCCCUGCUCAAUGAUCGGGCCCAAGGUGGCUCUAGCCUCAAGGAUGGUGCCUUGGAGUUGAUGUUACAUCGUCGCCUGUUGCGUGAUGAUGCCUUCGGUGUGGGUGAGGCCCUCAACGAAACUGUCAACGGCAAAGGUUUGGUGGCCCGCGGCAAAGUCUAUCUCAUGCUCAGCACCGUGUCGAAGAUAAGCACCACCAAUGAACGUCUGGCUGAACGUGAAAUUCAUUUGCCAUUCUGGAAAUUCUUUAGCAAUGCCACCAAGGCCACCAAUAAGGUUUUACCACGUAUUCCCACCUUUACCUCACUGCCGAUUGGCAUAGAUGUCCUAACCCUGGAACCAUAUUCGACCAAUGAACGUCUCCUGCGUUUGGAAUAUUUCUUCAAUAAAAACGAGACAUCCAGUUUGACAUUUAAUAUUCGCAGCAUAUUCGAUGCCUUGGGUGGUACGGAAAUCCGUGAAACCACCUUGGAUGGAAAUUUGGCUUUGGGCAGCAUGAACCGCUUCAAAUUCCACCCAGAUGGCACUGUACCCAAGAAAGUUGAGUAUUACAAAUCGAAGCAUACUCCUUUGGCGGCCGUUCAAAAGGAUGCCGUGUCUAAAUUCCAAAUUACCAUGGAUCCAAUGCAAAUUCGCACCUUCAUUGUUAAGUGGAAAUAAA